GCAAAGAAAAAGAGAGAGUUGAAUUAGCUAUAGCUAGAUAAGGAGAUGGAGGGCACUGGAUGCUCAAAGACAAGUCCGUGUAACCAAAAUGAUCAGGAGGAGAGCGAGAGUGGAGAGGGCGAAAGUAAGCCUAAAAAUGGUGGAAGCUCAAGCAACAGCACAGUGGAGGAGAAUGACAAGAAGCCGACUGUCAGGCCCUAUGUCAGAUCCAAGAUGCCUAGGCUCCGGUGGACCCCUGAUCUCCAUCUCCGAUUUGUUCAUGCCGUGGAAAGACUUGGAGGACAAGAUAGAGCAACACCUAAGUUGGUUCUUCAACUGAUGAACAUCAAAGGGCUUAGUAUUGCUCAUGUAAAGAGCCAUCUCCAGAUGUAUAGAAGCAAGAAGAUUGAUGAUCCAGGACAAGUCAUAACAGAUCAUAGACAUCUUGUGGAAAGUGGAGAUCCAAAUAUUUAUAACCUCAGCCAACUUCCCAUGUUGCAAGGAUAUAAUCGAGCUGAUGCUCCCAAUUUCAGAUUUGGAGACACAUCAUGGAGUGCUGCAAGAGAAUACUUAAUUCGAAAUCCUUAUACCGGCCGGAUUUUUCCCGAUCAAGGGUUAUUGCAUGGAAGUGUCACGGGGAGGAUUUUAGGUAGCAGCAGCAGCAGCAGCAACUGUUGGCCUAAUUAUAAUUUCAGUACGGGGCCUACGGGCACUUCCCCUUUUGCUCCAUUGCCUAUCUGGAAAAGUACUCACCAAAAUCAUGAGAGCUUCCAACCCCUACCGAAAUUGAUAAAAGAUAAUGUUGCUUUUAGUCGAAGCAUCAUCCCUCCCUCCGGUGACUUCAACUCACCGGAGAGCAGCAAGUCCAUGAAACGGAAGGCGCCGGUUUGCAGCCUGGACUUGGAUCUGUCUCUAAGGCUAACACAAGGGAACCAUGAUCAAGAGUGUAAGCAAAAGGAUGCUGAUGACAAUGAUUUGGAGAGUGAAUUAUGUUUGUCUUUGUGCUCGCCUUCGUCCUCGAAGCUUAGCAGAUUGAAAGAAAAAGAUCAUAGUAAGGAGAAUUCAGGAAGGGUAAGUACUCUGGAUCUGACUAUAUGAAUUUGGAAAUUCUAAGUGAGAUCUUGAGGUACUUAUCUGAAAAAAUGCAUUUUCUUUUUUGGUUCUGUCUCUUGUACCAUCAUUAACAGAAAUCAAUAAAAACAACCUUUAAUUAACUUUUGUCUUGUUUUCUAUCUUGUUCAUUUCAAUGUCUUAUAUAUUAUCUAGUUCUGGGGAUUUGAAUUUUGUGCUAUAAAAAAACAGAAUGUUA